AUGUCAAAACUUAAGGCAGCCCUGGGUAUGAAAGAGGACAUCCGGGAGGGCGAUGCGUUCAACAGGGAAUUGCAGGAGCAAUUGAAGGCUCAGCGCAUAGCCGAGCGCGAGGCGGCCCAGAAAGCCCGUGAGGAGGAGGCCAAGCGUCGGGCUAAGGAGGCGGAGCGGCGAGAGAAGGAGAGGGCUAAGGAGGCGAAGCGGCGGGAGAAGGAAGCCAAGCAGCGGGAGGAGGAGGCCAAGCAGCUUGCAAAGGAGCGUGAGGCUGCUCGUUUAGCAGAAGAGGAGCGUCGACGCAACGCGUCUCCAGAAGCACGGCUGUAUCGCAAAUACGAAGCUGCACCCGAGAGGUACGACCCGUAUGCUGAGGAGCGCGGCCGCUAUGUGGGUGAGCGAGGCCGUUACAUAGAUGAACGGAGAUACGAUUGGGACCGGGAGCAGCAGGAGCGUGGGCGGGGCGGACGCGAUAUGGGCCCACGGGACCAGCGGGAGCUUGGACGGGGUAGGCACUACAUGGGAUCGCAGCCGUCCCGUGCUUCUGCCGAUGCCCGUGAUGGCCCUCUGGAGCGGCCCCAACGCGAUGGCCGUGGGGCUGCGACAGUGCGCGACGGCAAGCCCAGCCAUCGACGUCGUUCCACGUCACCGUCGAGUAGCAGUAGCGGCAGUGACUCAGAUUCCGGCUCUGAAUCAUCGGACACCAGCUCAGGAUCCAGUAGCUCUAGCUCUGAUUCCGAUUCCGACUCUGACAGCGGCAGCAGCGGCAGUGAUACGACAUCUUCCUCGUCUGGCUCGGACGGAGCCCGCCAUCGCAGAGGCGGAAAUAAAGAUGAUGACAGGGCCAAAUAUGGCCAGGACAGGAAAGCACCGUCGCCAGAGGCACCGGAACCCAAGCGGCGACGUAUCGAGGAGGGACCGCGUGAGACGGCAGCUCCAGCUGGGUCCCCAGGCCGCGGCGGGGCCGGUGGCAGUCGUAACCGUGGCGGUGACGGCGGGAGUGCAGCAGCUACGGCGCGUGGAGAAAGGCGCCAGGAUGACGAGCGGGGCCCUAAGGGAACAGGAGAGGCGCCGGGACGCCCUCGUCGCCAUCACGAUGAGGACGACGGUGCGGAUGGCGCAGAUAUGCGGAACGUUAAGCCGCGCCGCAGCGAGGAGGAGCCUGACCCGCGGCGUGGUGCAGUGGCAGCUACUGAUGGCGACGGGUAUGACGGCCGUGACACCAAAGGCCUGUCAGGGGAGCGCAAUCGUCAUGCGGAGCCUAAAGGCAGGCAGACCGAGCCGUUGGGACGGGAUCGUGAUCGUGGAGCUGCCGCACGCGAGGAUCGCGAGCAUGAGGACUUGGGCCGUGCCCGGCGGGAGGAGCGCAACCAACGUGAUGAGGACGGCCGGCAUGUCAGCAGGGGCGGAAACGCGGACAGGGAUGGAGAGCGGCAGCGUGACACGGCCCGGGUUGGGCGAGACGGAGAACGGGAACGUCCUUACGGGGGCGAGCGAGAGCGGUCACGUGAGCAGGACCGAGAUGCCGAGCGAGAGAGGGAUUUGGAGCGCAGCGGUCGCCGGGGCGAUGGCAAUGAGAACGGGGGCGACAAGGACCAUUACCUGAAGUCCGUGGACGGCAUCGUGCAGGAGCGAGGAGGACGUGGCCGUGGUGGUCCCCGGGAGUACGAUGGUAGACGCCGGGAUGAGUACGACAGGGACAAGGGCAGGAGCGUUGAGGCUGGCGGUCGUCGGGGCACCCCUCACCUCUCACUAAUCCCCUCUUCCACCCACCCCACCUCACCCUGCACCCGGCUCACCUUUAAUACCCCAUUCCUAGCCCUCAUCCUGCAGCUGUCACGAUCACUCUGA